CAGACCCCUGCUUUAGGCAGAAAAGCCACGAAAGACAGGUCUUUCUCAUGCAGGUUAGAUGUGAGGUUUGAAGCAGCUGAGUUGAUCUUCCUGCGGAGAGCUCAGGUGAUUCCCCAACGCUCCAACGCCAACCGAUCUUCUUUUAAUAUGCAGUCAAGACCGGCCGCUUCUAUUUAUCUCUCGCUGGCUGGCGGUGGAAGUACCGGUAACACAAGACCUCUGCCCGCCCUUUCGGCAUCUAUCAAGAUGGCCCUGACUUUAGUUCAGCAGUUUGCAGAAAAAGGCCGAGAAGAGGGAGCUGGAGUUAGGAAUCCAGCUGCUCUUCGUUUGCUCCCAGCGAGGAUUCGUCUCCUGGAACCGGGGCGCUUUCGGCGGCCUGACCCUCUGCCAGGAGGAGCGGGGAAGGAGGCGCCUGAUCGGGCGGUGCCUGGGGCUGGAGGAAGUUUUGCACUUGGGCUGCAGAGGGGGAGACAGAGAGGAGCGCCUGAGGGCGAGGGCGAGAGCAAGAGCUGAGCGCGGAGCGAAAGGUUAGAGUCGAACCCAUCCUGCUUCCAGCUCCCUUCCACUCAGCCGCGCAUCUGUUCCUUCCCUUCAGCCGCUCCGAUCGCCGGCGGGAUGGGCGGAUCGAGCUCCAGUUUGCUGGACGACAGCAAGUGCACCUACAUCCGAGGAAAGACUGAAGCGGUGAUCAAAAACUUCAGCCCACACUAUAAGCGCCAAUAUGCUGUAUCGUUUUGCAAGCACAUCCAGAAUGAGCUGGAACAAAACAGAGAUCUGCAGUCUCAAUUUUUAAAAAUAAAGCCACCUGGAACACCCAGCACGGUCCUUUAUGAAGGAGAAGUGUCACAUUUUGCUGAAGACCUGAAGAAAUGGAAAGAGAGAUACAUAGUAAUUAAAAACAAUUAUGCUGUGGAAAGCUUUGAAAGCAAAGAGGCAUUCCAGAAAGGAGUAAGUUCAAAAACUUGCAUUCUCCCUAUUGGAGGCAAAGUGCUAAUUACAGGGGAAGAAUAUAAUACACUAUCUGAUAAGCAUUUUCCAGAACCUAAUGGUUCCAGUGAAAAAGAAAAUACCCAGGCCUUUGUUGUCCCUCCAAAGGAAUUUCCAGUCUACCUGUGGCAGCCUUUCCUUAGACAUAGUUAUUACUGUUUUCCGGAUUCAGAAGCCCAGAAGCAAUUCAGCACCAUGUUGAACGAUUGCAUCAGGCACUUAAACCAUGGCCACCCCAAUGAAGCUGUUGAAGUGCUGUCCCGGUGUGUGGAAGCCGUACGGGUCUGGAUGGGGAGAAACAGGCUCAAGCUUAAUCCCUCCAAGACGGAGUGGCUGUGGAUGCCGGCACCCCGAUUCAGUCAGCUGCAGCCGCGGCUGACUGUUGGAGAUCCGUUCAAACAGCCUUCCUUUGAAAGUCAAGCAUUUUUAGAAGCGGUCCAGUUUUUCCGUCAGGAGAAAGGCCAUUAUGGGCUGUCAGAAAUGAUUAUAGGAAAUGAAAAUCAGAUUCUUAGCAACCUUGUGAUGGAGGAGCUCCUAUCUAGCCUUCAGAGCAUGGUGCUCCCUAAAAUGAAAGGAAAAAGAAAUGACCGAAAGCGGGCAUGGUUUGGUAUUCUAGAAGAAACAUACUAUUUGGUACUUGAUCAGGUAUCAGAUGGUUUACGUUCUCUGAAAGAAGAAUGCAAAGAGGUCACUCUAGGACUAGAGGGAACUAUUCGUUCAAAUAUAGACCAGAUUGUGACUUCGAAAGACUUUCUGGCUACGAAAAUAAAAGGGAGCAUAACUGAACCUAUCCAGAUCUGUUGCAGUGAAAGUAUUCAGCCCUUUUUAGCUUCUGUACUGGAGGAACUCAUGGGGCCAGUAAGCUCUGGAUUCACCGAAGUCUGUCUGCUGUUUGAAAAGGAAGUCAAUGCAAUCAGCCAAACCUUUCAAGCAACAAAUGAUGUUGCAACACUAAAUGAGAAUGUGAAUCACCUGAUGAACCUGCCACAUGACUCUGUCAAAAUGGAGCCUUCCUAUCUAAAAGUCAAUUUUCUUCAAGAGCAACUUCAGGAUCUCAAGACCCGCUUCAAAUUCCACAACAUUGACUUGGUUAUCCAGAGGACACAUAAUGUAAUGCAGGAGAUUCUGGAAAAUGCAGUAUAUACAUUUGAGCAGCUACUAGGUUUAAAUCACUCCAAAGACAUCACCAAAAUGGCAACAGCCAUAGAAAAAGUCAAACUUCGUGUUCUUAAGCAAUAUGAUUAUGACAGCAGUACUAUCCGGAAGAGGAUAUUUCAGGAUAUCUUGGUCCAGAUCACUCUGCCCACACUGCAGCGGACAUUGGCUUCAACAUGUAAACCGAUGCUUCAGGAGUAUGAACAGUACAUCUUUGCUGAAUAUAACAGUUUGAUCCAAGUUGAAAAUGUCUAUGAAGAGAUUUUGUUUCAGACAUUGCUUGAUGAAACCUCAAAAGUGAUAAAAGAAGCAGUCCAUCUGAAGAAACAUAAUCUGUAUGAGGAAAUAAACCUGCCUUCUGAAAGUGUCUCCAGUUUGAGUGAUCUAAAAACGCCUGUAGAAUCAGCCCAGGCUAGCCCAGCUAGAGGACCAGCCCCCAAUUUGAUGGACGAAUCAGAUGCUGGCCUUGGAAGUAAUGAAGUUUUCUUAACAGAAAAACUGCAUCAAGAAGAGGAACGUGAUGAGGCUAGGAAUACAAAAGAAGAGGGGAUAAUAAUUUCAGAUUUCGGUGGCAGUGAAUCUUGUCCAAAAAUACUUACUGUUGUAGAGGGAGCCUUUCCAAUCACAAAUGCCAGUGAAAUCACAAUAAAACAAAAUAAAGGAACAGCAGAAGAAGAAGAGCUUCCAGUUCACGACGAUGUGAAUGAAAUUAGAAAUUUGUUGACCCUGACUGUUGAACUGAAAGAAUAUGAACAGUCUACAAACAAAGAACAAGAUUUACAGGAGUGUGGAAUGUCAAACCCAAAGGAAGAAGCACAAGAAAAGAGUAAAGGGGACCAUCAAACAGGUGAUAUGCAGAAGCCCCUUUCUCCUGUUGUAAAAGCAGAUGAUACAAAUAUUGUAAGUAGCUCUGGGGAAACAAGCAGCCUAAUUCAUCAGGAUGCUUCUGAGAAGUCUGAAGAACAGAGUCCCAGUGAUAUCUCAAGGGAAGAGUUGAACACAGAGCCAAACAUCGCACACCCAGAUGAAAAGAACGAUGGUACCUAUGACCAGUCUCAAACAGAGACAUCGACUGAAAGCAGUCAAUCUGACCAGAGUAAAAUAGUCCCUUUACCUCGUAAUGUUGUGUCUGAAGAACAGAAGUCACAAACAGAACAUGCUGAAGGUGAACAACCUGACCAGAUAAGGGAAGGAUUUUCCUCCCUCCGUUCUUUUCCAGAGGAAGAUCAUUCCCAAAUGGGACAACGUAUUAAAAUAGAUUCUCAUGAAGAAGAAUUGUCCCUUCUGCAAUCUGUCCUGAAGGAAACAGAGAUACCACCCUUCUUGAGCUGUUCCUUUGAAAUUCAAGAAAGCAUGUUGCAUACAGAAUCUUCAAGCACCGAGUCACCCCCUCUGGUAGUUUUCUUAGAAGUAAAAGAAACUGAUGCUAACAAUGUGGUAAGCAUGGACUCCGAAAAUGUCACUUUUGAUCAAGGGGGUGAUUCUGAACAAGCAGGUGAGUCCUUGCUGGAAAUGGAUGCUGCAGAUACAAUUAAAAGUGAUGAAAGAUGAAAAAAAACCUGAGGGCGACUGUUCUGAUUCAUCACUUACAAAAUAGAAUUUUGUAAAUUUAAAGCCUGAGCCCAAGUUAUGAUUACUUUCCUUAAAACUAGAAUGGAGAGACGUAUUCAAAAUUCACAACCUACUUGAGAGCCAUCUUUUAAUUUGAACCUGUGGCUUUCUGAAAAUUUGCAUUGUUUGAAUAAUACUCUUCUGUCAGUUGCUGCUUCUUGCCACUUACUCAUUCAGAAGUGAAUCAUGAAAGAAUCAUCACUCAAAUGGUGAAGAAUUUUGCAAACUACCAGUUAUAACUUGACAGAAUGCUUAGCCUUUCCUAUUUUUUGAAAAAACAGUUCACUGGGAAUAUUGAUUGCCCUGUUGACAAUGAACAAUUUAUUUGUGGAUGAGAUGUCAGUGACUCUCAGUAGAAUUUAGAAGGAAGUGCUAAAAUCAGGUAUUGCAAGAGAAAAAUAUAUAUAAUAGUGGUAUAUAAUAAAGAAAAAAGGAAGGCAAAUCUUUAAGAGAAGUAAUAGUAAAAUUUCCUUACUGGAAUCUUAGGGAACACAAUUGUACAUAGUGUUUUGAUUUUCAUAGGUAUAUUGUUGUUUUUGUACUUAAAAGCUUUGGCAGAUAUUUUGAAAAUGGAGAGAACUAAUUCCUCUUCUUUUACCAUUGUUAUAGUUGCUAUAUUUAAAAUUUACCAGAAUAAUUGGAACAGAUUUUUCUAUCCUAUUUUUCUACACCUUCUGCGGAGCACUUUAUACCUGCUUUUUUUCAAAGGGAAUGACAAUUUUUUACUGUAACUUGUGCCACGCACAAAAAUGAAACAGAAGCAAGCCAGCCAAUAAUUAAUAAUUCAGACCUUAGUAUGGUGGCAAUCCAUUUUCCUAAUAUUGAAUUCUAUUCCUGCACACGUUCUACAUCUGUAAGGCAAUUUCUGUAUUAUUUAUCUGAGACCAUUUAUUCUGAUUGUGCUAAUUAAGGAGACAAGUAGUAGUAUAAGCCAUUGGAUCAGGCCAUUGGAUCAGUCCAGAACCCUUGAUCAGUCCAAUUGGAUUAGUCCAAAACCCUUGAACUAACUUGGCUAGAAGACUGGAAACCAGAAUGUCUUUAAUUGUUCAUGUGCAGUGUAGUUGAAUAAUGCCUGCCUAUUUUCUCUUUUUAUCUCUACAAACAAGAGGGCUUCGGAUAUUCAAUGACUCUUCCGGAGUAGGACAGGGCAUUUAUAACUCCACUCCUCUGACUCUCAACUUGAAAACAGCCUUCUAAGGGCUAAGAGUCACUUUUGUUUGCCUGACUAGAAUGAUUUUUUUUCUGACUCCUGUCCUCGAAUAGGAGAAAGGGAAACCCACUGCAAUAAGACUGGUUGGACUGCUAGCAGAUGGCCACAAAGUACAGUGUUUUAAAAUUGAGGGCAAGGGCAAGUAAGUUCAUUCAUUUAUUAAAAGCAAGUGCCGCAAAUGUAGUCAAUCUGAAUAACAAAUCACAUAUUGUAAAACAAUUUUAAAAGUUCAUGAUUAGUUGCAGUAGCAGAUUCCAGAGCAGCUGCAAAUAGAAAUUCGGCACUCAUUUUGGGCAGGAAGAGAAGUCUCUAGCUAAAGCAGAGAAUGACGACUGCUUGAAAAUGUUCCCACAAAAUUACUAUUUAAAUUUACUAACUCAUUGCUCAUAUUUCAUCAUCCCUGUUUUCUAACUGCUGUUCACAACCCUGAGAACUAAAAUACUUUUAGAUUAUAAUUCUUUGAACUCUAAACUGCACAAAUACCUUUUAAUUGCAUAGGUCAUCAGAUUAUUUUGAUGAUAAGCCAUCAUUCUACUAUUUAGUUCAGUGCAUGAAGUAAAAAAGACAUUCAAUAAAUUUGCAUGAUUACAUAUCUCUUUUUUUAACAUGUUGGAAUAAGUGAUAGCAUGCUGUGUCAGUUAUGCAUUUAGUAUCCCAUAUCCCAGAAGUGUUAUAAACUGUAUUUAUGGCUACAUUUCUCCAUUUCCUAUAGAUCCUGAACAGUAAAAUAUGUCGCCUUACUGUUAGUCAUGCAACAGAAAAAAAAAACACCUAGGAUUUGACCUGUACAACAAUAGAGCUUCACUGUGCAUGCAGGGGGAAAAAACUGAAUGAUAGCAGAUUAGCAAAAUAAUUGAAACAAUUAGUCACCAAUUAGUUCUACACUUGUCACAGGCAGCACUUACCACUUUCAACUGAUUUCUCAUUAUUUGACAACUGGGAAAAGGGAAAGAGGGCAGAUUUAGCCCUAAAAUCUCUAGUUGCUAAUCUUUGUCAUAGUUAUAUUACAAUGUGAAUUAAUUUGAGAUUUUAAAUAUUUAAUUCCUGCUAUUAGCGUUGCUUCAAAAUUAUGUCUGUCAAGCAUCAGAAACAUUCAUAGUAACAGCCACUGCUUCAAAAUGGGAAGAGGUACAACUAGGCAAUCAAAACCCUGCCCUCUUCUACCUGUGUGCAGUGAAUGCAACACGUAUGAAAACAGGGCAAGAUUUUCAUUGGCUGGUUGCCCUUGCCAUUUUCAGGUAUUGCCAUUUUAAUUCUCACAGUAUAAGUUUAAAAAAAAUUAAAAUGUACUAAUGCAGCAAAAUAUUCUAGCUGAAUUGUUAUUUAUACACAAAACCAGUUAUCUGCUGUCUCUUUGUAAUACAAUAUAUAGAAUGACAUUUAUUCCAGUCUUUUAGUAUUUGUGCUUGAAUAGGAAACAUAUCCUCACAUCUAUAUAUUCAAGUCUUUUUUGUUUGUUUGUUUUUAAAAAGGAUGUUUAGACUGAAUAUAUUCCUAUAUUGGAAGUAAACAUUUACUCAAAGCAUUAGAGUUCGGAUAAGGACCCAAGUAAAUGUCAGUAUUUUGGACAAUUACCAUGAGUAAUCAGAGGUUAUAGCAGAGGUGUGCUGCUGCCGGUUCGCACCAGUUCGGUUAAAUCGGUAGUUAAGAUUAUGCGCAGUUCACCAAACUGGCAAAUGCCACCACUGGAGGUAGGAUCACUCUGCCCCAGCCAUGUUUUCCAGGGCUGCUUGGAGUGAAAAGCAUGCAAUAUGCUGCCGCUAAGCUCCUCCAAGGUUCCUUGCGCAAGCGCUGAAAUUGGCCGAUGGUCGACUGCAGCCAGGCUGCGGGCUUAGAGCAGCAGCAGAUGGAGUUCAGGGCGUACAAUCUACUCCUCCCAAUGUCCAAACCGGCGAGCUGGAAGAAAGAUUCUCUGACAUGCUGAUGAGUACAUACGGACCAAGUGGGCUUUUUGCUUCCCCCCCCACUUCCCCAUCCUGAUCGAGCAUGGCGUAGACAGCUGAAUGGAGGCAGAAAAUGGGGCAUUUCCAUCGGCCCUUCUCUUCUUUUCUCCCUAGCCUCCUUUUGCCAGCAUGCGCUAGGCAGGCUCGGCAGGCAGUUGUGAUUUUUAAAUGGGCUUUUAUUUUGUCAGCCCAAGAGUGGUGGGAAAGGGGCUUGGAAUGGUAUGGAGGAAAUUGCCCUGUCUCUGCAGCAUCUGCCUACCUCCACCACCCCACCUUGCCGUGAGUGAUGUCGAGUUGGCCAUGCCCACUCAAUCACAUGACCCCCCAAGCCACACCCACCCAACCAGUCACUAGGCUGUUAAAUUAAUUGCAGCCCACUACUGGGUUAUAGGAGUUAUUGUCCAAAAUGUUUUGAGAGCACUGCCUAACAACAUGUGAAGAUUCUAUUUAGGUAUAUAUUCUAUAUCGAUAUUAACCAUGCAUGCCAAAGCACACUUUGGAAGAAAUACUGCAGAGCUUGUGUGAGUAGAAAUACAGUUCCUCUCUGUUUCUACUUAAAACUUUCAUAUCUUUUUUCAGAUUUCUGAAAGUCUGAAAAAGACACCACUGUUUUAAGAGUCAUGUAAGUUGACUCAUUAAAGCAGCUGCAUCUUGUUUUAAGGCUCACCUAUGAGCUUGAAAAAAGGAAUGGUGGCAGUAAUUAAUAGUAGCAGUACUAUGAACAACCCUUCUGAAUUGUUUUCAAAACUUUCAUAGCCAUAGCCUGUACAUGAUAAACCAGUAUUUAGCAUACUGAGAUUUCAGAAAAUGCUCUUCCACUACUAUUAAUUAUUGCCACCAUUCCUUUUUUCAAACUCAUAGGUGAGCCUAAAAAAAGAUGCAGCUGCUUUAAUGAGUCAACUUACAUGACUCUUAAAGCAGUGGUGAAUAUUAUUUCAGAAGCAGAGUGUCUUUAUGAUGUUCUAAGAAACUUGGCAUUGAUACUGAAAAUAAUAAUCUAUGCUGUGCUCCUAUUCUCACAAUAUGUUUUCAUAAUAUGUUUCCUAACCUCCAUUCUGUAGUAUUUGAUGUGGAAGUAAGUUUAUUGAAUAUAACAUGAGAUCUUAAGAAAAAUGUGUUGGAUCUUUAUAUUUUAAAAAAAUAACUUGGUACAGGUGCAAUGAAGCAUGUAUAGGCAUAACAUCUCUUUCAAGGUGCAAACUUUUUUUCAGGUUUCCAUAGGGGACUGAAAAAUAAUUUAGCUGUUCUAGAGCAAUGCUAUGCUUAUGCUCCCCUAUCUACCAAAGUAUCUUUUUUGCAUUAUUUUCAAAGCAUGCCCAGCUCUAUUAGAUUUCAUAAAGGGGAGAUAAAAUUAAUGUGGGUCUACCGUUUUCAUUCAAAAAUUGACUGUCAUGCUUAUGAUACAUACUUGUUUCCUCAAACAAGGGAUUUAAAUAUUUACUUACAAUUAAAUCUGAAUUAUUUUUAUUUUGUAAUAGCUCCAAUUGCUUGUAGUUGAGCCUUAAGAGAAUAUAUAAAGGAUUGUAGUCUUAAAAUAAGUAAAUUCUUUUUCUUCAAAAAAGAUUUUGAAGAUUUGAGUAUUUAAUAAUAAAUAAUCUUUUUAGAAAUUUUCUUUUCUUGAGACUUUUAAAAAUCUGAUAUACUCUGAUUUCAUAUGUAGAUGAUUUCUUUCCUAUGCAUAGAAUGUUCCAGGUAUCAUUUAAAAUUCUUUAUGUGUACAUAUUUCAUUUGAAUAAUCAACUUGACUAAAAGAACCUACAAAACGCAAUGUAAUAUGGUUAACUUUUCUCAACUGCAUGUUUACAAAUAAAAUAUUAAUCUC